CCGGCUGUCACGUGACCUAAACUCGCCCUGGACUCGGUGUUUGGACUUCGCUGCACUCGGUGAUGGCUGAGUUUAAGGACAGCAGGAGGUGUCAUUAUUUCUUUGUCUACGAUGGGUCCAAGGUCAGGGGAGAGGGCGACCCCACUAGAGAUGGAAUCUGCUACUUCUACCCCGAAGAGACUGCUUUGGAGGUACAGGAGCUGCUGUGUGGCCAGCUGGCGGGCGCGAGCCGCUGUGUGUCUGAGCUCUCCUCCUCGCCCGUACGCCGCCUCAGACUGCGCAGCCUUAGGUUUGCCAUCCAUAUGAAAGAUGACUUCUUCUGGGCUCUGGGCUACUCCAUGGACGUUCCCAUCGUCAGUGUUUGUCAACUCCUGGAUCAACUCAUCAACCUCUUCUGUUUCUACAAUGGUGCCAUCCGUCAGAGCUACCAGAUUCACAGUCGGGACAUUCUUGCUGCUCGGUGGGCGCGGUACCUUCACCACCUGCAGGCCAGAUCAUCAGAGCUUCAUCACAUCAUCUUCAGCAGCUUGAGGACACUCGACUCGACUAACGUUGACCCGCUGCUGCUGCUAAAAGCUGCGCUCAUUCUGCAGGCCUGUCAGCGCUGCCCUCUAGUGUUAGCAGGCUGCAUUAUUUUCCGUGGAAGAGUCGUCAGCACUCAGUUUUCCCCGGAUCUCACGAUGAAGGUGAUGGUUCAUGAAAGUGAAACGCACGACGAGGCGCUGUGUUCUGAUGGAGGCGGUGCCGCCGGCCUACCGCUCAGUGCUGUCAGCUCCGUCUCUGUCUUCCUGACCUCCUCUGAGCUUCAGUGCCUGAAGGCGUAUCCCGUCGACCCACAGCACAGGUUUGGUUGUUCUACACCAAACAAAGAAAGUGUUCCAGCAAAAACUCGCCUGUCAAGAACACUGUCUGACACACCCUUCUAUGAUUCAGACUCCGCCCACUCUCCUCCGGCCAGCAGGAAGGUGUCUCUUGGCUUGUACUCCUCGGCAUCACACAGCCCGACGUUUAGUCCAGUUCCAUCACAGAGUGCAGUUAGUGCCGUAGACUCGCCGCAGCAGUCUCUCAAACCUGUGUUCCCAAAUGGACAUGUGCAGUGUGAAGACGAGACAGAAGCUCGGGAUGAGUCUAACUGUCACAGUUUGGACAGCAGCGCUGAAGGAUGCAGUCAGACGCACACUGAAGGAAACGGCUCUGUCACUGAUCUCAGUGAAGAUGACAUCACGGCAAGCGGGCCGGCGCUGGACCUCGGAGCCGAUGAGGCUGGAGUGGAAGGUGAUGGGUCCCCACGAGGCCACCGGCUGGAGGCCAGGGAUGGUUGUUCCAGCGUUUCGGAGCAGGCUAAAGAAAAUCCUCUGAUCCCCAUGAAGCUGUACCUGCACCAGGUUCAGGCUUUGGUUCUGGUCCUGCUGGUGGAGCCGUCCUUCUUCAAUGAUACUGUGUCCAUGGAGGAAGUGUAUCACAGCAGCCUGGCGUCACUGAACGGACUCGAGGCCCAUCUGAGAACCGCCGGUCCCGGGGCCCCGGGCUCUCACGGCCCCUACGUCUUUGCCCAUUUUGACUGCGUUCAGAGCGUGCUGACAUCCAACCUGUCUGCUGGAGCCGGGGGAGUCCAGGAGCGCUCCUUUGUGAGGGCCGUGUCUCUCCUCCACUCGCAUUUCUGUAACACAGAGUCUCUGCAGGAGGCUAUUGUCAGGAACGCCGGUGUGGCUGUGUACGGGACCCGCAGCGUGGCCCAGCAGACCUUCUUCAUGCACGACGGGGGCUCCAUCAGGAACUCUGGGAUCCCGAACCACCAGGACAGCGCGUUCUCUCUGCCCAGCAAGGCUCGCCACAGACUACUAAAACACGGCCUGAACCUGCUCUGACGUUCAGCCUCCACAGGACC